AUGAACCCUCACCAGCAGAACAAGAUAGAUGUCAACUCGUUGAGCCCCGAUGAGCAGCGUCUGCUACGCAUGUAUGGCAAGAUGCCCAAUAAGAAAGACCUCCUCCAGAACAAGCUCAAGGAAAGAAAAUACUUUGACUCUGGAGAUUAUGCCAUGAGCAAGGCAGGAAAGGCCUCAGACGUCACUACAAUCGGGUCCCGUCACCCUCUGCCUGAGAACAUCCCACACCUUACGGCCUCGUCGCCUCCCCAGUCCGCUGCUACCCCAAGCCAUUUUAAUGGAGGUCACGGUCCCGCACACUCACACCCUGGAGGAGUAAAUAAUGGAAUGUCCCCGAGCAUGGCCCGUAGCCCUAUAAAGGAGGGAAGUUUUCUCCAGCGGCAGACCAGCAUGGAAGACGCCGGCAAUGAGGAGGGAUCAAAUGACGGUACGGGCCCGAAGCUGGGUAGCCCAGAGACCAGAGAAACCCAGCGCUCGAAGCUAUCUAUGUCCGAGAGUAGGACGGAAGAAACUGACGACUCGUCGAGUGAAAUCCCUAUUCGACGGUAG